CGCCUCCUCCGCUGUGCGCGCGCCUUCUGCUCCAGUCUAUUCAUUCCCACCCGGUCCCUGAGUGGGAGUUUCCGCUCUUGACCACAGCGUUAUUCUCCACACCUCCACCUCUGUGCGCCAUCCACCAUCACUAUUGUUGUGAGACGUUUUGUUUGUUGACCCGACGGCACAAACCCUCAGCCAUAAACCCGGGAAUCAAAGGCGCGCACAUCCCCAGCGCGCUCCCCUCCGCGUGGCCGCCUGUUCCUCCGCACCCACGGGGGAGAGGCUGCGGUUCCUAAGGCAACCCGUAACACGUGCAUUUGCAUUGACGGAGCCCGUUUGGUCACCGCGCACCUCCAGCACCGCGGGGGAACGGGACGCGCCGCCCGCCGGGGACGCGCUCGCUGUGAGGACGGAGUGGAAAGCGCCGGAAGGGGGGCUGCGUGUCAUGGCUUUGAGUGUGUGUGUGUGGGGGGGGGGGGGACCUCUGCAGAGACAGCACGCGAGGAGGAAGGGACAUAUGAUGCAGAGAAGUUGAGCGACAGUGUAGACGACACCUGUGAAGACUACUUUGCGUGCUCGUUGUUGUUGUUGUGAUUCGGGAGACCUCCACGCUCGGACUGAGUUCACUUUCUGCACACAGACGUCUGCGUUUGUCCCAGCGUCCACAAGAUGCAUAUGAAUAGCUUAAUAAAUCAAUGGACGGACAUCUCCAGGAUGUGUGAUGUCAACCUUUCGCCGGAGCCCACCAGUCCCACCCUCUACGGUGAGUCCUCAGACCAGUAUUACCACGUGGACCGCUGGCAGAAGCUCCGCACUGCCGUGCGCAAGCUGGAGUUCUGGGAGAACUUCAGCGCCGAGCUGAUCGGGAGUGGCUUCUUCUCCAAAGUCUACAAGGUGAUGCACAACACCAGUCGCAAGGUGACUGUGGUGAAGAUUUACAAAAACGACGUGGACCAAGACAGUAUCGUACGUGAGAUCAGCCUGCUGCAGAAACUCUCCCACCCCAACAUUGUCAGAUAUCUGGGAAUCUGUGUCAAAGAGGACAAACUAUAUCCAAUCUUAGAGUACGUAAAUGGUGGCUGUCUGGAGGAGCUUCUGGCUAAGAAAGAUGUUCCCCUGUGCUGGAGAGAGAAGGUUGACCUGGCCUGUGAUAUAAGCAGAGGAAUGAUCUACCUGCACUACAAGAACAUUUACCACAGAGACCUUAACUCCAAGAACUGUCUGAUCCGGGUGACGUCUCGGGGUCGGGAGGCCCUGGUCACUGACUUCGGCCUGGCCAGGGAAGUGGUGGAGCUGCCAGUCAAAGACCCCGGCAGGAAGUUGUCACUGGUGGGCUCGGCCUUCUGGAUGGCCCCUGAGAUGCUCCGAGGAGAACUGUAUGACCGCAAGGUGGAUGUUUUCUCCUUCGGGAUCGUGCUCUGUGAGAUCCUGGCCCGGGUCUCUGCCGACCCCGAGAUACUACCCAGAACACAGGACUACGGGCUGGAUGUGGAGGAGUUCAGGCAGCUGGUGAAUGACUGUCCGCAGCGUCUCCUGGAGUUAGCGGCCAGCUGCUGUAUGGUGGAGUCCUUCCGGCGCCCGGCGUUCACCGAGCUGCUGGACGACCUGGGAGAAGUCGGCGAGAGCCUCGAGCCGCCGACCAAAUCCGAAGCGACUCCGAGCUGAUCCCGUCCGCCUCGUCUGAAAAACCAUCGCACCCAUCCGAAGGCGGGCCGGCCGGCGAGCGUCCCGGGGAGUGUUUGGUCUCCGACCGGGUCCCGAGGCCCCCCCCCCCCCCCCCUCUCCCCGCACACACCGCGACCACGGCUGAACUGGUCUUCCUCCAGGCACUGCGUCGGGCGUGUCUUCUUGGGGGCAGUAGAAGGUCCGAUGGCCUCUCGUGGGUCCUUUGCUCUGACAUUUGCUGUUUAGAUAAUUCGUGGUGUGAGUCGCAGGGUCCGAAUGUACGGCGUGGUGCGUCUGUUUGUCCUACUCGACCUAAAGCGUCUUCUCCUCUCGUCCUUCUGCUCCGUGUGUGUGAGCGUUUGUUUGUGACCAACGGCACACGUGGUCUUUCCCGCCUCUUCUAUUUGCUCUUAAAACGGUGGACAUUGUUUCAUAAAAGAUGCGACGCGUUAAAUACACAAAGACAUUUCAAGAGUUCAGAAACAUAAAUUUAGGUUCACCUUUUAUAAUCACAGGUGGAGUUCAUGGUCUCACCGAAAGGUAUUCAUUAUAUGUCAUUAUAAUAUUAUUAUGUGUAAGUACAGUUUUAUUUUUCUGAAAUUACACUGAAAAGUCAGUUCUUCAGGAAUAUAUUUACUUUUAUUUCUGAGUUAUGACGAUGGAUCUUUGGGUUAUUAAAGAUAAUAUAUGCGUCUCGACAAUGAAAUCAUAAAAAAGGUGGUUGCUUUCAACAGUGAAAUGCAGACAUUAAUGCUCUCAUCUCUUUCUAAUUUUUACAUGUUUUUCUAAUGUUACUCUAAGCUCCUUGUUAAGUAUUUUAAGAUAAUUACUUCUAGCGUCAUGCUUUUUCUGCUACUUAAUUUAGGAUUUACAGGGUCCAUAUUCUUUUGGGUUUGCCAGUAUUUACUAUUUCAUAGUUUCUGUCGUGCCUGGGAUGUUUUCAGGCAGCUGCAAUGCAAACUUUCUCAAAAGCCACAUUUAUCGAAGUGAUUUCACAACUUGAAUCUGAUAUAGUUUUAAUGUCAUAAUGCACAUAAAUGAAUAUUAAAACAUAAACAUUAAAUAAAACGGCAACCCUGAAAUACGUCCCAGCAGGCGUUUACAUACAGAACUAUAACUCCCCAAUCAAUAAGAACAUUGUUUAAGGAUCUUCAUGUUCUCAGUGUAUACAUAUUCGUCUGCAUUUAGAAGUCUCUAUUCUACUUUUCACAUUUUAUCACUGGACAUUAAAGGAACCGUUUUUAACUAAUCUCUUAAUUUCUAAUCUCAUUAAAUAAAAUUAAAGUUUCAUAGAAGUA